CGGGCCUAGUAUUCACAGCACAACACCCAACUCUACUCUGGCCGAAAGUAAUCGGUGAUCCGCCGCUGCCGUGGUGGGACAUGCACACCAACGGGGCGGAUCUCAAGGCGAUAGUCGAACUCUAGCUGCGACAGCUCAACCAUCUCGUAACCUCUAUUGCGCAGGAGGGCGUAAAACUGCCCCCUCUCCUCACCGUACGUCACCCAGACAGACUCGAUGACAUGGUCGAGUGGGGGCGGGUCAGCCCAUGUGUGUGCCUGUCUCAUCUCCCUCUCCUGCCUCGCACGCCGUCUCUCUCUCCAAACCGCCUCCCUGUCGAACCUCUGCCUCUCUGCCGCCCACACAUGACGGUUGGCUAUCUCUUCCUCGAUGAAUGCGGUCAUGUGUGCACGUGCAGCGUCUGAAUCUGGGUGCAUGCCGUCGCCUGCGUCCUCCAUCUCAUCAUCAAGAUCAUCCGGAUGAUGACCAGAGGAGGAUGCACACGACGGCAUGGAUGCGUCGCUGUCGCUCAGCUCAGUGGCACACUCAUCGUCAGUGUAUAUGUGGUCGAGCCGCUCUUCCACUCUGCACUCCAGCACAAGUGAAGGCAGACGGGGAAACGCAUCGAGGGCAGACAGGCAGACAGGCGCUAGCUCGUGCACGUAGGCCUGCUCUGCGUAGUGCUCCAACGGCACGUCAGCUACCCGCAGUGACACCUGGCUGAUCCUGUCGACCACCCGGCCCUCUGUCUGCAUCUCGUCUGCUCCUUCCUGGUCCCCCCUGCCCACACACAGUGACCACUCGUUGGCCUGUGACCUCCUCUCUCUCUGUGAGGAAUGCGCUCGCAGAUGGAGUGAGGGGCGCUCGCUGACACACUCACGCAGGCAAAGUGGCACGGCGCUAGGGAAGCGCAUGUCGCCGUCAGACCUCUCUGGGAGGAAGGUGACGGUCUGCAGCUUCGGCAAGCGACUAAAGGCUACCUGCACCACCCCCUGGCCAAUCAUAAUGGUGCCCCCUGCCCUCUGCGCCUGGCUCAGAUCGAGACAAGUGACACGCGGGAAGAGAGAGCCGCGAAAAGACUCCAAGAGGGCGUCCGGCAGGGGAGACCAGCCCUCACGAGUCCUGUCUACACUCAGGCGUGUGACUCGCGGAAAAGUGAGACCAGACACGACAGUGGAUAGGGUAAGGGCAGACGAGUAGGAGUAGGUGGGCGACGGGAAAGGGUCGAGGCCGCUCGGAAUGGACGCUUCUGUCGCCAGAGAGGCCAGCAGCUUGACCGUGGUCGCCCGAUCCCAGAGGUCGCUGGCGGAGAAAUUGAACAGCUUUCUCAUGGGGAAUGAGAAGCUGCGGGUGGUUGUGUAGUCCUCGCGAGCGCCUGGGGCCAGCCAGUACUGCCGAAUCGAAUGCAACUCCUGCACCAAGAAGCAAGCGCACAGCCUGUCUUUGCCUUCGCAGUGCCGCCAAGAAGCAAGGCUCACUCACCUUAAUACAGCAGAAGGUGACCUCCUUGAUGUCUAUCUCGGCCGUGAGCUCCUCCAGCUUGCACGACGUGCUGGCAGCCUGCGUCUCCGGAAAGACGCCCCAAUAGCGCAAGCCGGUGACCUUGGGGCCCUUGAGCCGCUUGAGCGUCGUUCUGUUCUGCACCACAGGCUGCAGGUCGCGGAGCUCCAUCCCUCUGGCUGUGAGGGCGAUGGGGCCCGCGCUGUC